UGUUCCAUCCCUUAAAUUUGGGCGAUAAGAAUAAGCACAGCCGGCUGUAACAUUUUUUGUAAAUUAACAGAGCGAAUCGAUUUUUGUAUAGUAAUCCGUUGAAAGCAUGCUGUCGCUCAAGAUGAAACUCGAGGUACUGGGUCGUCCCGAUGUUGACAUCCCGGUGGUGAUGAGCGACCGCAAGGAAUUCGCCAACACAGUCCUCUGGUUGGAGGACCAGAAGAUCCGGCUUUACUCCAUAGAGGAUCGCUGUAAGCUGCGCACUGUCGACAACCCUGAGAUCUGGAAGGAGGGUUACUUAAAGUACUGUGCCGAUUUGAGCAUGCCGCCCCUGGAGACGCGGCAGGAGCAGCUGGCCUGGAUUGUCAGCUAUGCUGUGCGCCUGGACUUCCUCGAUGAUCCUGAUCAGUUUGCCUCGAUUAACACCAAACAGGUGCCACCCCAAAGCAAUGGCAAGCAGUCCCAACAAAGGGUCCAGGCUAUUUUCGAUGGAAAUAUUAAUACUCAGGAAAAAGCGUUCGUGGAUGGAGUCCGGCUGCUGGCCAGCAAACUGAAUGUGCCGCACCACCCGAACCAUCUGUUGCAGCUGGAGGCUAUCGCUCGCGUGGUGCACGAACGCCUCUCGCCCGCCGCCAAGGAUCGCAAGCCGGUAGUGGGUAAACCCUUCCCUUUUGACAAGGGAAACGACGUCGUCUCGUCCAACGACUCUGCCCUGGACCUGCCCAUGCGCAUACUACGUCUUCUCCAGAUCCAGAGCCUACGCGAGCUGCAGACACACAUCAAUGAGACCAUUGUGGCGGUGCAGAACAUCACGGCCAAUCCAAAGACUGAUACCAAGCUGGGGAAAGUGGGAUUCUAGACGAUUAACAGUAAAGGAACGCAAUCGACACAAUAUAACAUAAAAGGACAUAAAGAACAUAAAAGUUUUAAAAUUGCAUCUAUAAAAUAUCCUUUAAAGCCAAGCAACAACAUUUAGCAGAAAUCAAUAGAUAGAUCAACAGCCAAGCUAUGAACAAGCAAACACCUUUUUUGAAAGCUAUAAAAUAAGAAUCCUGUUGAUAUUUUAUAAUAUUAUUAUUAAUACAAACAUAUGUUUAUUUAUGAUCCUCUUUCAAAAGAUGCAAUAUUGUGUAUGCCUAUGUAAUUAAUUUAUUUAAAAUAAAUCAUAAAUUCAUU